CGAAGGAUUAUGUUCCUAUCCGCAGCGGUUUAACUCAUUGUCAUCCCUAAUACCACUUUCCUUUAAUAUAAUAAACAAAUAAAAUAUUCCUCAAAAAAUGAAGAAGACAAAUCAAAAUAUCUAACGGCACCUAGAUCACUUUAUUUAAUUAAUCAUAAUUAACAAAACUAAGAUUGGGUUUAUGCAACGUUUUCGUGCCUUACUAGUUUUCUUCUUUCCCUCAACCCUCGGUUACGGACUGACGGACAGAUCCCGAGAGAGAGAAAGGAGACGGACAGACAGAGAAGUCACCACAGUCAAAUUUCUUUCUUCCAAAAAAAAAAAAUUCUUCCUUCCUUCCUUCCUUCCUAGUUCCUACCUUCCCAUUAGAAAAAUAAUUCUCGCCUGCCCUUUUGGGGAUUCAUCAUUAGUCCAGUCAAGCUUUUUUGGUCAUCAAUUGGUCACCAACAAAAGAAUUUCUGGAGCCAGAGCGUCAUGAGCAGAGGAGGCAGAGGCAGCCCCAUACCGCAUUGCAUUCAAUUCGUAUCCUUUGUAGAUGUGUAAAUGUAAUAAUAAGUUGGCGUCGCUCUCAUCUCCAUUAAUCAUUCUCGCCAUACCUUGGGUCCCUCCGCCCUUCUGCGUGUUUUCCUUUCCCACCCUUUCCUUCUACUAAUUAUUAUUUGAUAACAGAAAGAAACACGUUCUUGCUCCUGCAAAGCGUGAGCUCAUUCCUUCAUUUUGUGCAACCGACAUAAAAGAUCAAACCUUUUCUUGUUUUUGGUUAACUGGGUCUCUCACCUACCUUUCUGGGAUUGACGGGUAGGUUUGGGUUUACUGACUUGUUCCCUUUCUGGGAUUUCGGAGAUUCCUUCUGAAGACCCUUCUAUCUGUGGACCACUGCGAGGUAAGUAUCCCCUAAAAAAGCUUGCUCUUUCUCUGUUCUUGAAACUUCUGUAUUCUCUGCAAUUUUCGUGUUAAGUGUUCUUUAUAGCUUUACUAGGUUUCUGAGGUUUUAGCGUGACCGAUUACCAAGUUGUUGUGUUGCUUUUGCUGAAAAGGGUUUAAGAUUCGUGGUUGGGGUUUUGCUCUACUUCGUAUGGGAGCUGCUGGUUUUAAGUGUUUGGAAGUUUUAUGUCCUCAGGUUCGGGGAUUUGGCAACAGUUGUUGAUUGGAAGAGGUUUUUGGAUGUUGUGCUUUUUCUUGUAGGGUUUAACUGUUUGUUUACUCGCCAAGAAGCUAACUUGGUGGGGUAGGUCCCCAUUCUGGAGAUGAAAUUGGAAGUUCAUUGAUUUUGGCUCUAUGGUCAUGUGGUUGAAUCUGAGUGAUGAAAUGGGGGAAAGUUGUAAUGAUCAUCCGUUAAGCAAUUCGGAGGAGGGAAUCGACGACCGUCAAGCAGGAAGUGGUGAAGGCUUCAGGCAGAUUGGUGGUGCUGUUGAAUCAAUGACUGAGGAAUCUAAGCAGCUGGAAGAGCAAUUGCCAUCAGUUGCAGAUACAAAGGCAGACACAAAUCAGGAUGCAAAGUCUGAGCAACGGCUAUCAAUUCUCGCGACACCACAUCAUGAAGGAUCUGAUGCUACUUCUUCCCCUGUAAGAGGCUUGGACCACAGCAUUAGUGCACCCGCUGUGGCUCACAGAAACCUUGUGGUUGAUGAUAAAGAUAAUAUAACCUUAUAUCGGUCCAUCACGGAGAAGCGGUCAAAGCAUGAGCUGAAGUUCGACAGAUUGUUAGACCAUGAACAGAACAAGCUUCUUAUUGAGCUUGUCCGAGUCCAAAAUGAUGGAACCGUGGAAGUAGACAUAGACAGAAAUGAUUCAGUUGCUUCAGAUUUGUUAGAGCUUCAUUCAGUUGGAAGUGCAUCCUUUUAUAUCAAUGAGGACACUUCUCUAGUGAAUAAACCAAUUCCAAAGUUGAAGAUUGCCAUACUUGUGGUUGGAACAAGAGGAGAUGUGCAACCUUUUCUUGCAAUGGCAAAGAGGCUUCAGGAAUUUGGUCAUCGUGUUAGGUUGGCAACUCAUGCCAAUUUUAGGAGCUUUGUGAGGGCAGCUGGUGUAGACUUCUAUCCCUUGGGUGGCGACCCUCGGGUCUUGGCAGGAUAUAUGGCUCGUAAUAAAGGUUUGAUCCCUUCCUCGCCUGGAGAAAUAUUGAUUCAGAGGAAGCAAAUGAAGGACAUCAUUGAAUCCCUUCUUCCGGCAUGUACGGAACCUGAUCCAGAGACUGGCGUGUCAUUCAAAGCCCAGGCAAUCAUUGCCAACCCUCCUGCUUAUGGACAUGUACAUGUGGCUGAAGCUCUUGGUGUGCCAAUCCAUAUUUUCUUCACAAUGCCAUGGACGCCAACAUAUGAAUUUCCUCAUCCUUUAGCUCGUGUACCUCAAAGUGCUGGUUACUGGAUUUCUUACAUUAUUGUGGAUUUACUGAUAUGGUGGGGAAUAAGAGGAUAUAUAAAUGACUUCAGGAAGAAAUUGAAGCUCUCACCUAUUGCAUAUUUCAGUAUGUACUAUGGAUCAAUAUCUCAUUUUCCAACUGGUUAUAUGUGGAGUCCCCAUCUUGUUCCAAAACCACUUGAUUGGGGACCCCAAGUGGAUGUUGUUGGAUUUUGUUUCUUGAACCUUGCGUCAAAGUAUGAACCUAGACCAGAGUUUGUCCGGUGGAUACAAAAGGGGAAAAAGCCUAUAUAUAUUGGGUUUGGAAGCAUGCCUCUUGAUGAUCCACAGAAAACUGUGGAAAUAAUACUGGAGGCAUUGAAAGCAACUGAGCAGAGGGGGAUAAUCGACAAAGGAUGGGGUGGCCUUGGGAGUCUUAUGGAACCUCCAGAGGAUAUCUUCCUGUUGGAAGACUGCCCUCAUGAUUGGUUGUUUCCUCAGUGUGCUGCAGUGGUUCAUCACGGUGGUGCUGGAACAACAGCUACAGGACUGAGAGCCGGGUGUCCAACGACCAUAGUUCCUUUCUUUGGAGAUCAGUUCUUCUGGGGAGAUAGAGUGUACAACAAGGGACUAGGACCAGCACCGAUACCCAUUUCCCAGCUCAGCGUUGAGAACCUUUCGAGUGCCAUAAGUUUCAUGCUUCAGCCAGAGGUGAAGUCUCGAGCAACAGAGCUGGCAAAACUGAUCGACAACGAAAGUGGGGUAGCUGGUGCAGUCAAUGCUUUCCACCGCCAGUUGCCUCCAGCUCUGCCUUUGGCACCAUCAGCUGCAUCUUCAGAUACCGACGAAGAGGUUCAGUAUGGCGUGCAGUGGGUGUUCGCUCAAAUCGGGAAGCUUUGCUGCCUUCCUUGUAGUCCCUAGGGUUUCUCUCGACUCCGGCAUCUGCUCUUCAUGUACAGGGUUCCUCCUCCUUUUGACUUAUACUAGCAGUCUCCUCUGCAAGCUCCCUUUUUGCUUGUGGUGUAAGCUUAGCUUUUGACAUUUCAUUCUUUAGAUUCAUGAUAUUGGUUAUAAU